AUGAGGGCACAGACGGCUUUUGACGGCAGAAGAAACGGACCUGCUCUUGAUGCACAAUUCGAACGACAAAGCCUGGGAGGCAGCGAGAAAUCAGAGAGACCGGCAGGCUUUCAAAAAAGCGACCCUCAAAGGCAAAGCGCACCUUCGUCAAUUGGCCAAGUUGAUGGGUUACAAGUACUUAAUGGAGAGAACCAACAACUGGAAUCCAGGUCAUUGGGAUUGGAACACCUUCGAGAAGAGAAAGGGUUCCAAAGUUUCGACAUCAGCUCAUCAACAGAAAGGAAACCAUCCACCUCCACGAGCAACCAUGACAAAAGGAGAGCUGGCCCUUCAGAUGAUCAAGGAGGCAGGGAUAGCAGCGAGGACUUAGAGCUCACCAUCCUCCCUUUAGACCGAGAACUCAUGAACCCUGUGUUGCAUCAUUUGAAAUUGUACCUUGACCCUAUUGUACUUAGUCAUGAGAGACUGUUAGGCGAAAUACAUACCAUUGAGGAACUUGUCAAAAACAUCUACGAUAGUAAGAGAAUUGAUACCCUUGACAGAACCAUAUCAGGUCUGAUUAAAAAUGUUAAUGAGCAAGUGAGAGUUCUGAAUCAAAGUGAGGAAUUGUUACUUAUGAGAUCCCAUAACGAGGAAGUUAUCAAACUUCUCUCCAACAUUGCGCUCAAACAAAACUCACGCGGAAAUUCAACUAACAAAGAAGUUGAAGAACAGACCAGGGAAUUACCACCACACAUGCGCGAACCUCAGGGCAGGGUCCAGUCAGAGCAGAAGAUGACGGUGCAAAAACGGGAAUCACCGGGUCUGCAACCGCCACCAACAGGAGACGAAAGUUGGUUGCAGCCAGCUGAAUCUAGUGGGCACACUGAUAAGGGUAAAAAUCGAGAGACGCCCUUUAAAAAAGAAGGCAGUCCCGACUAUGAGUUCAAAAUGUUCGAUUUGCUCAAAAAGGAGUUGGUAACUCAGCGUAAGAGGCUCCAAGCAGCACAGCCUAGCGCCACAGAUGAGCAAGUGGUGGAUAAGAUGUUAGAUCAGUGUUCUGGAAACUUAGACCAUGCCGUGCGUAGCAGGUUGGGGUCGAAUACUGAUUUCGUGAACUUCACCACAGUUUUUGAAGCCGUGGUGAAGAGGACCACCAUUGGGAGAGACAGACCAAUUAGCAAACCUGCACAAGAUUGGAAAACUCAGGCUACCAGCGGGAGUAACACAACUCAAAGACCUGCUACAGCGAAACCAACGGUGACUCGCGUACCAGGAAAGUGCGAUACCUGCGGUAGUACAGAGGCAGGCCAUGACUUCAGAGCUUGUAGACGUAAAAGUAAGAACAUUAACGUCAUCGAAGAGGAUAUUGAGGAAGAACCGCAUUCACCCACAGGUGAAGAAUUAGAAAUCAUCUUUAAUGAUGACCAUGACUCGCUCUACGACGACGGUGAGUAUCGAGUUAUUCAAGACGAUUCCUCGCGAACAGCCGGUAUUUUAGAUGUUGAAAAAGCUUUUGAAGUCAUGGACAUCUCCUGUUUGGAGGGAACCAUAGCCAAAGGGCCAGCCUUCAUUGAACAAAGAACGAAUACUGAGAUUUUGGGUAGCCCUUUCCUAAACACAAUGUGCAACAGCUGGAAGAUGAAUAUGUUGAUUGAUACAGGAGCUUGUCAUUCACUUAUUACGCCACGAAUUCUGGACAAAAUAUGGAUGCAUUGGGAACGAGAAGUCCGAGCUCCUGAACAGAUUUGA